AUGAAGAAAAAGUUAAAAAGUGAUGGUGAAGCUUUAUCGAAGUUGAAAUAUUCGCGGUUUCGUCAUGUGUAUUCUAAAAGUGUACGGCGUAGUGAAUGGUACGAUACGGGGCCGGGACACGGGUUAGCGGUAGCCGCGAAUCCGAAGAUGAUUGCACUGGCUAUCGAUGUUCCUGCUGGUGGCGUUGUUCAAAUUGCCAAACUGUAUCGUAUGGGUCGAGGGCGAAUGGAAUUGGGCAAAAUUAAGGAUCAUGAAGGUGCUGUAUGUGAUGUAAAAUGGAACCCUUUCAAUGAUAACGUUUUAGCUACCGGAUCUCACGAUGCCACAGUUCGAAUAUGGCAUAUCGAUGAUAUGCUGAGAAUUCGCUGUUUACGAAUAUCCAGAGCACAUUCCCGGCGCGUUCAUACAAUUGAAUGGCAUACAACGGUUGAUAACGCUGUCUUUUCGGCUUCAUUGGAUGGUCGAAUAGUACUGUGGAAUAUUGAAACAGAUAACAUUGUAUAUAAAAUUGAAGAUUGCAAUGCCGUUUCAAUGAGUUUAAGCUACAAUUGUUCUGAAUUUGUUGUGACGACUAAGUCGCAUGAGUUAUCAAUUUACGAUGCACGUACGGGUGAAAAACAGCGUAGCACACAGCUUGCUCAUGAUGGUACUAUGCUUUCACGAGUUUUAUUCUAUGGAAUACCGGGGAAAAAUAACAGCGAGCGUCUUAUAACGACUGGUAGUUCACGGAGUACUCGACGACAAGUAGCUAUCUAUAAUUCUCGGCCUUUGGAUGCACCGUUAACUGUUGUGGAUAUCGAUGGCGGGUCUGGUUUCCUCAUGCCUAUGGUUGAUAAUGAUCUCAAUUUAUUGUACAUUGCUGGAAAGGGUGAUGCCAAUAUUCGAUUUUAUGAAUUAUCAAAAGAAUCACCAUUUAUAUCCUAUUUGAAUGAGUCUUCCGGCUCCAAAGCACAAACAGCGGUAUGCCUACUUCCCAAACGUGGUCUCAACGUGCUGCAAUGCGAAGUUAUGAGGAUAUUUCGAGUGGAUGCUGAGCAACUGGUUAUUGAACCACUGUCGUUUUUUGUUCCGAGAAGAGCUGAUGGAUUCCAAGCCGACCUGUACCCGGCAACGCGGUCUCCAACUCCAUCGCUGUCGUUUCGUGAAUGGUUAGCUGGUUUAAAUCGUGAGCCAAUCAUGCUGGAGCUAAAAGAUUGCAUACUGAACUGUACUAACAAACCAGUAACAUUCGCGAAGGACAGUAAUCGAGUCAAAUUAAUGAUUGCCGAUGUCAAUAAUGAUCGUAAAUUCCGGUUUUUAUCUCAGGUGACAAAACCCGAUUACCGUGAAAUAACAGACCGUGAAGAUCGUGAGGAGUUAUUGAAGAUUGAAAGGAUUAAGGCAAAAUUGGCUGCGGAAUCCGCUGAUGAAAUCGACAAGGAGCAACACAUGAAUGAGAAAGUGGAUGAAACGAAUGGUAUACACAUUGGAGAGGAAAACAACGGGAAUGGAGAUUCAUCUGUGUCACUUUCAACUCCAGUCAGCGAGAAAAACGUUCCAACUGCUGCUACUACUACUACUAAUGUUAUCGCACUAAAUCAUAAAAAUUCAUCCAGUCCACUGAUUGCCGCCAUUAUCGACCGAAGUGCAUCAUUGUUUUCAAUCAAGUCUGACAACGAUCUCACAGAGAAGACGGGUUCAGCACCAAGUGUUUCUCUAGAAGGCCGAUCUACUAGUCGAUGUGAUGAAAUACUAAUGAAACAAAUAGAGCAACAUAAAUCAUCGAUGGUGCGAAAAUUGGAAAACGGUAAAUUGGAGGGACAAGGUCAGAGUGGAGAUAAUGACAGCAGUCGUGGCAGUUUUUCGGAAAAAGCAAUGGUGAAUGUGUUGAGGGAAAUGGAACGUGAGUUAUGGAAAUGUCGAAGUAGAUGCGAACAAUUGGAAAAAAUUGUUCAUCUGCAACAGCAAGAUAUAGAGAGUUUACGGUAUGAAAUCCAUUGGAAGGAUAGUCGGAUCGAUUUCCUGCAGACUCAGUUGCAACAACUGGAUGUAACCCGUGAUAGUUCUCGGUCUUCCUAA